AAUAAGGAAGGACAGAGGACUUUGGUCCGAGACGCUGGUUUGAAGCAGUACGUAACGUGUGUCUUGUGAUGAGCUUGACGCUCCUGUGACUGCGACAAGGAGAGACGACCAGCGGACUUCACUAAAGAGGUGCUGUGACAUCAUUAAGGGGUGCUGUGACAUCAUCAUCGGCCAUGGAGGGGAGGAGUGUUCUGAGGCGUGCCCAAUCUCUACGGAGCGUCUCUAUGGGUGACGGAGACAAGCCUGCCUGGGCGGAGGCGGGGUUUAGAGACAGGAUGAAGUCCAUCUCCGUAUCUCAGAUGUUGACCAGAUACCAGGCCAGCCCUUCAGUAGAGGUCCCUACCCUGAACCAUGUGGAGCACAAGACUGAGCAGAUAACCAAGCAUCAGACCUCCUUCUCAACCGUCCGCGAGAAAACAAAGAGACAACUGGCACAGGAGCGCAAGCUGGAGUCCCUGACGACAAACAACGGAGUGAGAGAGACGACCCGUGGGUCAACUAGCCUGUUAGGAAAGACGUCCCAGGGGUCGGCCAGCCUGUCAGGGGAGAAGUCCCAGAGGUCGACCAGUCUCUCCCGCAGUAAGUCCAUGUCCAGUCUCCCUGGGCCCUCUCCCAGAGUCGACCCGGCCGGGAGUAUCGGAGUCCUGAAGGCUCUCUUCGAGUCAAAGGUCACCAAGGAGAAGGUGAAGAGCAUCAUGGGAGCUGUAGGCCAAACACCAUCACGUCCCAAGAUGGCAGCUGCGGCCCCAGCCUUCAACGGGUUGGUGGAGGAGAGAAAGGGCCCUAUAGAGGAGAAAGCCGUACCUUCACCUGCACCUGCAUCCCCGGCUAGAGAGGAGGUCACUACACAGGUUGGGAGAAUGACGCGCUCAGAGAGGAGAAAGACCAUCAGUGGUAUCAACCUGGAAAAGAUAUCUACAGCAUCUCAGGAUGAUGACAAGAGGAAGUCGAUCUCAGACCUCCGUGACGCCGGUUCCUCCUCCUUCAGCCCAGAGAGGGAGAAACCGUCCGCUUCUGUCUCUGUCAGAGCCAUAUCUGCUCUCUAUCUGUCCAAGGUAGCAGCUGCAGAGUCAACGACUCAAGAUCCAUCCUCUCCAACCAAGAGAGGAGUGAAACCCUCCAAGUUCCUGCCAUGUAAGCAGGACGUGUGUUCAUCCUGUCUGAAGCCAGUCUACCCUAUGGAGAAAAUGGCCGCUGAUAAAUUCAUAUUUCACAAGAACUGUUUCUGCUGUAAACACUGUCAGAAGAAGCUCAGCAUGCACAGCUAUGCUCCACUGUACGGGGAGUUCUACUGUGUAUUCCACUACCAGCAGCUGUUCAGGAGGAAAGGGAACUAUGACGAGGGCUUUGGCCACACCCAACACAAAGACCGCUGGCUGCAGAGAACCAAUGAGACGCCGGGGUCUAACAGCGCAGAUGUCAUAUAGAGCUCCAUGAUUGCUGACGCGGUGACCAUGACAACACGGAAUCACAGCAUCGUUGGAGUCACCUGGGUUAUGUACUCCAUGUACACACUGUAUACACUGAGUCGCUUGACAGUAAUCAGCACCAGAGUCCACUUUAUGGCCGCAAUUACAGAUAAAUUAUAUGAUGUUUUAUUUCUGA